AUGUCUUCUGCAAUCAAGGGUGAUAGGAAGACUGCAAUUGAUGCAGCAUCAUGGAUGUUCAAUGUAGUCACAUCUGUUGGAAUAAUCCUUGUGAAUAAAGCCCUCAUGGCUACGUAUGGUUUCAGCUUUGCUACAACGUUAACUGGUCUGCAUUUUGCUACAACAACCUUGUUGACAACCAUUCUUAAGUGGCUGGGAUAUAUCCAGACCUCUCAUCUUCCUUUACCAGAUCUUAUAAAAUUUGUCUUAUUUGCAAAUUUCUCUAUUGUCGGAAUGAAUGUGAGUUUAAUGUGGAAUUCUGUCGGUUUCUAUCAGAUUGCUAAGCUGAGUAUGAUUCCAGUAUCUUGUUUCCUGGAAGUUGUCUUGGACAAUGUUCGAUAUUCGAGGGAUACAAAGCUUAGCAUUUCUCUGGUUCUCCUUGGCGUUGCUGUGUGUACAGUCACUGAUGUGAACAUCAACGCCAAGGGUUUCAUAGCCGCUGUAGUGGCAGUUUGGAGCACAGCAGUGCAGCAGUAUUACGUGCAUUUUCUUCAGAGGAAGUAUUCUCUUGGAUCGUUUAACUUGUUGGGCCACACUGCACCAGCACAGGCAGCAAGUUUACUGCUAGUAGGUCCCUUUUUGGACUAUUGGUUGACAAACAAACGAGUUGAUGCCUACGGCUAUAGUUUGACAUCCAUUUUGUUCAUCACUCUGUCUUGCACUAUCGCAGUAGGGACAAACCUCAGCCAGUUCAUCUGCAUUGGAAGGUUUACGGCUGUAUCAUUUCAAGUCAUUGGCCAUAUGAAGACUAUUCUGGUCCUGACCUUAGGAUUCAUUUUCUUUGGAAAAGAGGGUCUCAAUCUACAAGUAGUUCUAGGCAUGAUCAUUGCAAUAGCGGGAAUGAUCUGGUAUGGCAAUGCAUCUUCUAAGCCAGGAGGGAAGGAGCGUCUUAGCUUUUCCAUUCCUACCACCAAAACACAAGAUUAUAAUGAACUCCCAGUAUCCUCUGAAACGGAUCAGGAAGUAUAAAGGGUGAAACUUUUGGUGAAGUGCAUGGGAAAAUUAGGUGCCCUUAUGUCAGCUGAUUCAUUUUCUUCAUACCUAGAAGGAAUUUCCUAGUUAUUUAU